CUCUGAUCCGCGUCCUUCUUAAAGCGUUUCGCGCUCGGAGACCGGGGCCCGGCACCGGUAGCUCGAGCAUUCGGCGGCCGCUGGGCUCCGAACGGCUGGCAGACUGGCAGCCAUGGGCUCCACCGCGACUUGGCGCCACCGGAGGCCUGGCUUACAGCUGCGCUGUGCUUCGGACCUCGAGGCGGAUCUCUCGCGAUGGCUCUUGCAGGGGGAGGUGAGCUCAGCAUCACCAGCGUCAUCAUCCAGAAGCUCGAAACCCAGGGCAGAGCGGCAGCCAGAAGUCUUGGAAGAAAUGCCGGCCUUGAACGACAGAGGAUACCAGGCUGUCCUGGCAGAAGGCAGCUUCAGGCAACUCCGUUGCUUCAUUGAGCGGCUGGUCACCAGCAUGGAUGGGCUGAUUCUAUCGAGAGAUCAGCUCGUGUCCUUUGUUGAAGACUGCUCGCAGAGAAGCGAGCACUUCGAGACGUUGAUGCAGCAGCUGCAGGAUCAACCAUGGGUGAUUUGGUAUGACGAGAGCUUCAGGCUGCAGAUGCAGAAGCUGAGGCGAUAUGCGCCUCGAAGGGGUCAGACUUGGCUGAGGGAAUGGCGCAAGAAACGGCCUCCUUCGACAGACGAGCUCCUGAAGUCCAUUGAGGCCUGGGAGGCCCGCAAAGAAAAGGCGGCGGAGCUUCGGGAUUCGGCGCCACUGACCGCGGCGGGCUACCGGCAGGCGAUGCGGGGGGAGGGCUUCUGCGCCUGGCUGUCGCGGCUCAUCGACAGCAUGGGCGGCAAGGUGCUGCGUUUGGUGCAGCUGAGGGCCUUCGCGCGCUGGCACCUCAAGGAGCUUGCGGGGCUCGAGGAGCUGCGCGGCCUGCUCCUGCGCCAGACCUGGAUCCUGUGGCCGGAGGACAGCGUGGAGCUUCAGCAGAGGAAGGCCCAGGUGGCCUGGCGGCGCCGGGUCCUGCGCCGCGCCUCGUCCUGGUCGGCGUCCUGGGCGCAGAGGGGCGCCACCAGCCCGGAGCUGAUCCGGAGGUUCCUGGCGGCCAAGUACGUGGACCAAGCGGAGCUGCUUCGGGUGCUGGCCUUCGCACGCCGGCGCCUGGUGCUUUCCGGGGAGGUCUUGGCGCUGGCGAUCCGCCGCCUGGGCCGCGUGCGGCUCUGGCAGCCCGCCCUGGCGCUCCUGGCGUCCGCCGGCGGUGGCGACAGUUCCGCCGGCGCCGGCGGCGCUGGGGGGGCGGAAGGCGCCGAAAAAUCGGAGAUGGCCUAUGUGGCUGCGGUGGACGCCUGCCGCAGCAGCGGCAGGUGGUGCCUGGCCAUCGACUGCCUGGUGCGCGCCAAGAGCGAGGGACUGGGAAAGGCGGUGAGCAACGCGGCGGGGGCCGCGCUGCUCCGGUGCCGAGGCGCCGACGCCUGGCCCUCGGUGCUCCAGCUGCUCGCUGGGCUCCUGUCCUCGCGCCUUGGCGCGGACCAGGUCAGCUUCGGCACGGCGCUGGCGGCCUGCGGCGCGUCGCGCCAGUGGCGCGCGGCGCUGCGGCUCGUGGGCCUCAUGCGGAAGGUGCGGCAACUCACGCCGGACUCGGAGUCUGCGCCGCUGUGCUCCGCAGCAGCGGCCUGCAACCGAGCAGGAGCCUGGAGCUGGUCGCUGCAUUUGCUGGAGGUUGCACUUGGGGCCGGGCUUCGGCCCAGCCUUGCGCUGCGGAACUGCCAAAUCACGGCGCAGGGCCGUCGUGGGUGGGAGCCGGCGGUGCUGAUGCUGCAGCUGGCGCGCCUGCAGCCCGACCAGGUUUCCUUCACCAGCGCCUGCAGUGCCUGCGAGCACGCCGUGCCGGCUGCAGAGGAUGCGGCGUGGCGGCUGCUGCGGCAGCUCGCGCGGCAGCGGCUCCGCGCGGACGCACGGUUCUGUGGCACGCUGGCAAGGACUUGCGCCUCGGCCCGAAGCUGGCAGAAGGCGGUGUGGCUGCUUCCAUGGGCUGAGCCCAGCGCGAGGCAGUCCUUGCUGACCUCCAUGGGCCGAUCUGGUCUCUGGCGCGAGGCCCGGCGGCUGCUUGCCCCGCGCCUGCGGAAGGCAGACCUGCUGCCGGCCCUCGCUGCCCUUGGCGGUGGCGGCGGGUUUGGCUCCGCCGCGGUGAAGGAGCUCCUGCGAGAUGCGCAGGCGAAGGGCUGGCGGGUGGACGAGCAGAUGCAGCAGGCGGCCGUGCGGGCCUGCAGGUCUUGGCAGGAGGCAGUCUGGGUGCUGGAUGCGUGCCAGAUGCCUUCCGCGGGGCGCUGGCCGGCCGCGGUGGCGCUUUCCUUCCAAUGGAUGCGGGGGCUGCGCUUGAUGGGUGCCGAUGCAAACGCGAGUCUGGGUCGCGGCUGAAUAGGUUGGCGCAGCUGGAGGCUUUGGAGGACAA